AUGAAUCAGUACGAGGAUGACAUGAAGGAAGAUUCACAGCUUAUUGAUGACUGUCAGACAAGCUCAAUUUUGGUUGUUCGCAAUUCACCAAGAAUUCGGUGCCAAGUAAUUGGGCUUUGUGCCUUUACCUUUAGCUUCGGUGCCCUGAUCUCUUGUUGGAUCACAUGGGCACUUAUGAUCAGUCAAGAGGCAGUCCGAACGCCCGCUGUUUCCGAGCAAUUUACAUAUGAUAUGCCGGUAGACCCAACCUCUCCUCUAUUACAGAUCGAUCGAAACCUCUCGACUAGAUGGUUCCCUGCUUUCAACUGGACCCCCGACGAAUGGAACGAGCAUCCCAAAUACGGUCGAGUCGAUGAGUUAUGGGCGGAAGAUAUGGGCAUGAAAAACGGAUUUUUUCUCAUUCCUAUCGAAGAGGGCGCUCAGUACUCACUUGAUCCACGCCACAAUGUCGUGCUGCGGAACGUAGAAGGAAAGUACGAUGGAUUCCCAGUGAUGAUGGAGGGCAUUCAUCAGAUCCACUGUCUGGACGCACUCAGACGAAAACUCUUCAUGAAUCGGGACUGGUACAAGGAGAACUGGAAACACAUGGCAGAUACUGAACUUGAGCUUGCACAUACAUCACAUUGCCUUCGUAUGAUUCGCGAAGUCAUUAUGUGUCGGGCCGACAUAGGCCUAGUACCUUGGUCGUGGGAUCGGGUGGGUGGCUUGUCGCCAGACUUCAGUCGCGCGCACCGUUGCAACAACUAUUCGGCGAUAUUGGAGUUUGCAAAAGGUCAAUUCAUGCCCAAGCCUGUUUCUGCAUAUAUGGAAAAUCUAGCCCCGCCGGCGGACGCGCAGUAUCUUCAUCAGGAAUGA